CCAUUGAACGCGCCGCCAUCCAUCCCCCCUCCCCCCGCCCCAGAUCGACACAUCCAGACCGACACCAACAUCGCCUCGAGUAAACACAAGCAAUGGCCGCUCAGCCCCCUUCUCUGCCUUACAUCAGGGAUGAAGCCUCCACUUCUCAACAAGUCUCGUACCCCUCCUAUCCACAUGACGAGUAUGUCCACGACCUCGAGAUGGAUGGCGAGCUUGAGGAGGACGACACUGAGAACGCCUCGUUGUUCCAGUUCUGGACUGCCAAACGGCACAUGACCCGUAAAGGCAAGAAUAAGGCAACCGAAGAGGCCGCCUUGCCAUGGCGGCUUCGCUCCAGGCUGAAGACGGUCAACGCUGGCCUCUUCUUGUGUCUCAACAUUGGUGUCGACCCACCAGACAUUGUCAAGACCAACCCCUGCGCCAAGACAGAGUGCUGGGUUGAUCCCUCGACCUUGCCAUCAACAAAGGCCAUUGAGGCUAUCGGGAGGAACCUCCAACAGCAAUUCGAGACACUCAAUCCCAAAGUUCGCUUCAAAGUCUGUUUAGACCCCUCCAUAGAGGAGACCAAAAAGGUGUGCACCAACCUGAGGAAGAACUCGAGGGAUGAGCGCUCUCUAUUCUACUACAAUGGCCACGGCGUGCCAAAGCCAACGAACGGCGGCGAGAUCUGGGUGUUCAACAAGAGUUACACACAGUACAUUCCAGUAAGCCUGGUAGACCUACAAGAGUGGCUUGGAAGCCCUUGCAUCUACGUAUGGGAGUGCUCAGGAGCCGGCAGCAUCAUCACAAACUUCAAGACGACGGCGCGGCGGCGAGAUGAGGAAAUGCGACAAGCGAACGCGGCCUCGGGUGCUAGCGAUCAGCCCGGCGCCUCGUUCAUGGACUCGAUCCACCUUGCACCCUGCGCAGCGAACCAAGUCCUUCCCAUGUCGCCUGACUUGCCCGCUGACCUCUUCACCUGUUGUUUGACAUCUCCAAUCGAGACUGCUUUACGCUUCUUCGUCCAGCAAGAUCCGCUGAAGCGCAACAUCGCCAGCACACCGGACAACCCGCGCAGCCGUCUCACUGUUGACAUGGUCAUGAAGAUCCCUGGCGAUCUUAAGGACCGCCGCACGCCCUUAGGUGAACUCCAGUGGAUCUUUACGGCCGUGACCGACACCAUCGCAUGGCUCUCCUUUCCGCGCGAGGUUUUCAUGAGGCUGUUCCGCCAAGACCUCCUCGUCGCAGCGCUUUUCCGCAACUAUCUGUUGGCGCAACGCAUCAUGACGACCUACCAUUGCACACCCGCGUCUCAUCCAGAAUUGCCGUCAACGCACAACCACCCGCUUUGGGACUCAUGGGACCUCGCUGUCGAUGGUUGUCUCGCACAGCUGCCGGAGCUGCUUGACCUUCAGGCCGCCGCAGAAGCAGCCGGUUCAACGACCCCUCCACUGAGUACAUACAAGCCAUCGCUGUUCUUCGCCCAGCAUCUACAGGCCUUUGAGGUUUGGCUCCAGCAUGGCGGUGGAGAGACCAAAAGCAAACUCGCCGGCAAGCAGCCUAGAAAGGAGCCUGAACAGCUUCCUAUCGUACUGCAAGUGCUGCUCUCGCAGGCACACCGCUUGCGAGCCCUUAUAUUAUUGUCGCAGUUUGUCGACCUUGGACCUUGGGCUGUCAACAUGGCGCUGUCGAUCGGCAUCUUCCCAUACGUGCAGAAGUUGUUGCAGUCGCCAGCUGCCGAGCUCAAGCCCGUCCUUAUAUUCAUCUGGGCCCGGAUACUUGCCGUCGACAAGUCUUGCCAGAUGGACCUGCUGAAAGAGAACGGCUACAACUACUUCGCUCAAAUCCUCGCGCCGUAUCCAGUUUCAGGACAGCCGCUUGUGAUCCCCAACGCCAAUGAGCACAGAGCCAUGUGCGCUUUCAUUCUCGCCAUGCUCUGUCGCAACUUCCGCGCCGGCCAGCAGGCUUGUCUUACGUACAAUGUCUUCGAUCACUCUCUCACUCGCCUCCAAGAGAACGACUGGCUGUUGCGAACGUGGUGCCUGCUCUGCAUCGCGCAGAUGUGGGCAGACAAUGACGAGGGCAAGGCGAUGUGCAUGGACCAGGGACGGCAGGAGCUGCUCAUGGCAGCCCUGCGCAACACAUCCGUCGAAGUGCGCGCCGCUGCGCUCUACGCUUUUGGGACGUUCCUCGGCGCAUCAAGCGGGCCAAUCGACGCACCGGAGUUCAAAGGCGGUGGCGGAAUGGGCGCUCAGUUGGGCAUCAAGGAGCACCAACAGCUUGAGGUUGAGGCCGGCUUGGCGUAUGCGUGUAUGAUGACUGUUAAGGAAGACGCCAGCCCGAUGGUCCGUAAGGAGCUGGUUGUCGUCAUUUCUUGCGUUGUCCGCGAGUGGCGCGGAUGGUUCGUCGCAGCCGCCUGGUGCUAUUACGAGCAGGAGGCGGCAUUGGCCGGUUCCAAUGCUGGGUCCGAGGACGACUCGGACAUUGUCUCGGAGGCCCUCGCCGCAUGGGUUGCGUCUGAUGAGGUUGCUCCCGAGCAACACCAGGUCAAUCUUACCUUGCUGAGUUCGUUUAAGACACUCUUUGAGACCUUGCUUGAUCUUUCUGUCGACCCCCACGCCGAGGUCGCCGGCAUGGCCUCGACUGUCGUUGACUACGUCGUAGCUUUGCUGCUGAGCUCGGCAUUCAACCGCGUCCCCGGCACAUCUCUCAAUGGUCUGAACCGACCAAAGGUUGGUGCGCGAUUUACCCAGAACUCUGUGGUCCAAGAGGUUCCUCAAACCCCGACACGGCAAGUCGCGCGCUCCAACACAGUGUCUACCGCCAGUUCACCAAGCUCAGGAACCCUUAAGCGGAACUCUUCGGUAGCCACCGCCCUGCGCAGCCUCGCCUCCAUGACGGGUUUCAUUCAACCCGAGACUUCGGAGCCUGCACCAGCACCCGCCGAGCCCGUCACUCGUACAGACGUCGAGUCUCAGCAGAACGGAGCGCAGUUCUAUAAGUCGCCCUACCCAGACGCAAGCCACCAGCGCGUCUUGCCCGAGGGUGUGGGCGGUGGGCGAGGCAUGUUGGGUGCUAGUGUCCACCAUUCUCUCGACCCGACGCCUGUACAGGCAGUUGCCGUGCUCGAGGCGCUGGUGGAGGAGGACAUGGAACGUCUGCGUCAGCGGCGACUCCGAGGAACUCAGGCUGGCGGCGAUGCAGACGGCCGCUUCUCGAAUAACGGCCUGGCGCGCCCCAACGAUCUGGGCAUCGGCAUGGUUGCUGCCGAGGUCAAGGACGAUAUAGUGCCGCUUCGCAGUGGCUUCUUCGAUUGGGCGGUCGAGUACUUCCGCGAGCCGCAGAUGAAGGCACCCGACAACGAGGAGCCUGGCAGUGUGACGUACAAUCAGCAGGCAUGGCGGCAUCUCCGCAACGAGAGUCAAAUCGAGCGAUCGCGGAUGAACGAGGACUAUGCCGCGCGGCACAGAUGGGACCAUGAAGUGGGGACGUUGCAAAACGACGCUUGGCCAUUGCAGCUCGCAUUCCAUGCCCACGACUCACACUUGGCCGUCACAGACGACGAGGACAAGAUCUGCAUUUGGGAUUGGUCCACUCGCUCGAAGCUGAAUCGUUUCAGCAACCAAAACAUGGCCGGCAGUUCCAUCUCGAGCCUCCACUUCAUCAACGAGACGGCGACGAGUCUUUUGCUCACAGCGUCGACGGAGGGCUCGAUCCGCAUCUGGCGCGACUAUGAGAUUCCCGGUGAGACGAGCCUGGCAUCCGCGUUUAGGGCAGUGAGCGACAUCUUCCCAGUCGGUCACCACUCAGGUGUCCUCACCGCGUGGGAGCAGCAGAAGGGUCACCUGCUUGUCGGCGGAGACAUGCGCGUAGUGCGGCUAUGGGAUGCUACGUACGAGCGCCACUUGCGCGACAUCUCGACUCAGGCCGGCGCGAACUUGACAGCCAUUGCUGCAGACGAGCCGGACGGCAAUGUGUUUGUGGCAGGCUUCGGCGACGGCGUGGUGCGCCUCUUCGACAAGCGGCUGGAAGACGCGAGCCAAGUCGUUCUCCGGACAUGGCGCAAGCACCACACCUGGAUCCAGAGCGUACACCUCCAACGGGGGGGACAUCGAGAGCUGGUGACUGGAUCCAUGGACGGCGAUGUGCGAAUCUGGGACGUACGUGCCCCCGAUGCGCCAUUGUACGAGCACAGCGUGCAGCCGCAAGGUCUGCAGGCGCUGGCGGUGCACUCUGGUGCGCCCGUCCUCGCCACUACGUCGGCACCAACAGGCAGCAGCCUAAGGCAGAAGCUCAUCGUGCAAGGCUUCGCCAACCCCGAAAGACCCAAGACGCUCAGUCGCAUCGACAUUGCUCUCGCACCAAACUACGGCGGGCCCUCGCGUGCGGGAUUCAUGCCGAGCGCUGCCAGUCUGGUCUUCCACCCUACCGAGAUGCUCCUCGCCGCCGGAGGCUACGACUCGAGCGGAAAUGUUAAGCUGUACAAGUGCCGCACGCCCACUGGGCCAAUGUACGACACUAGCGUCACCACGACACGCAACGGGUUCCUCGAGCACUAAGGGAAUCUGGGUACAUAGACAUGUUAGUUGUAAAAGGCUUUACCCGCAGCCAUGCAUUGGUUGUAGGAUAUGUGUGUAGCAUUCAGUGACAGGCGGAUGACUGAUCGCCGACCAUACAACGGGACCGCUCUUCGCCAUGCACGCGCACUCUAUCAUCUUCUAUGCAUACCCCACAAACUACUUGCAAACGUC